AUGUACAAGCGUGGGCGGGAUUGGAUCUACACUCACGGGGCCGAUGGCGGGGGCUCAGAUGACAGCAGUUCCGACGAUAGCAGCGCCUCUGGAACCGAGGAUGUUGCAGACCACUCGAGCAGCGACUCGGAGGCAGAGGACAGCGGCAGCGGGCAGCCUGAACGAGAGGAGGAGAGCAAUGACGAGGAAGCGAAGGAUGCUGCCGCUGCCGGCGCUGGCUCAGAGGACGGCGACGGCAGCCCGCCGCCAGUGAUGGCACGCCGUCUGGAGGACCUGUCUGAGGACGAUUUCAGCGGCGGAUCGGAGGAGGACGAGGAGCGGGCGAUGCAGCUGGACGCGCUGCUCCGCAACUGGAUGGAAGCACCCAAGGAGGAGUGGGUCAAGGGGCGGGCGGUCAAGUGCCGUGUUUGCGGCGGCACGCUCAUCCUUAAUGCCCUCGCCUUCCAGCAGCACGCUGGCUCCAAGAAGCAUGCCAAGAAGCUCGCGCAGGCGGAGCAGCAGUGGCGUCAGCAGCGCCACAGUGGUGGGGGCAGUGGCAGCAGCAGCAGCGAUGAGGAGGAAGAGGUGGCACGGCGGUGGCGGGCCUUUUGUUUUGCUGAGGACUACGACAGCGGCAGCGACGACGAGGCGGAGACACACCAGGAGCGUCUGCAGCGCCUGAACGCAGUGUUGGAAGCCGCCAAGCAAAAGCAGGUGGCUGCUGCAGCAGCAGCUGCUGCCAAGAAGCAGGCACGGCAGGCGCGUCGGGAGCAGAAGCAGAAGCAGCAGGCUGCGGCAUCUGCAACUGGGGCCGCUGCUGGGGAUGCUGCCAUUGGAGAGGCUGGCAGCAAACCCAAAGUGGGAGAGGGAAAGAACAAGCGGCCUGGCAAGCGGCAGCGGCAGGAGAUGAAGAAGCAGGGGCUGUGGAAAAGCAAGCAGCAAAGCAAAGGACAGCAGCAGCAGCAGCAGCAGCAGGGCAAGAAGCAGCAGGCACCUGCGAAAAAGGAGCAGCCAAAGCAGCCGAAGGUGAAAGCGACGCAGACGCAGGUGCAGAAUCAUCAGCAGGCCGCCAAGUCGGCAGCACCGCGGAAAGCGGCCAAGGCAUCAGCACCUGGAGCAGCGCCUGGAACGCACACGAAGCCACAGGCGAAGAAGAAGGUGCAAGCCUGA